CGCCUCGACCACACAGCCGCCGUCAGGACAGAAAGCUGACGUCGCUUACGUUACGCCUUGCUAGAUGAUUGGCGAGGUAAGAUGGCGGCGCCAGAGGAGCAAGAAUUAUCUCAGGCGCAGACCGAAAAACUCCUCCAGUUUCAGGACUUGACAGGUUUGGAAUCAAUGGACCAAUGUCGGCGUACAUUAGAGCAGCACAAUUGGAACAUAGAGGCUGCAGUACAAGACAGACUGAAUGAACAGGAAGGAGUUCCCAGUGUGUUUAACCCUCCACCAUCCAGACCAUUACAGGUCAAUACAGCAGACCAUAGAGUAUAUAGUUACAUCGUCUCAAGGCCACAACCCAGGGGGCUACUAGGAUGGAGUUACUACUUGAUAAUGCUACCUUUCAGAUUUACAUAUUACACACUCUUGGACAUAUUCAGGUUUGCCCUGCGGUUCAUCAGGCCAGAUCCUCGUGGUCGUGUCACAGACCCUGUUGGAGAUGUUGUGUCCUUUAUUCAUAGCUUUGAAGAGAAGUACGGUCGGUCACACCCUGUAUUUUACCAGGGAACAUACAGCCAGGCACUGAAUGAUGCCAAACGUGAGCUCCGCUACUUAUUAGUGUACCUUCACGGCGAGGAUCACCAAGACACUGACGAGUUCUGCCGCUCCACCUUAUGUACAGAAGAGGUCCUCAACUUCCUCAACACACGAAUGCUGUUUUGGGCAUGCUCCACAAGCAAGCCAGAGGGAUACAGAGUGUCCCAGGCACUGCGGGAGAACACCUAUCCAUUCCUGGCUAUGAUCAUGCUGAAGGACCGUAAGAUGACAGUGGUUGGCAGGCUAGAGGGUCUCAUUCAGCCAGAGGACCUCAUCAACCAGCUCACCUUCAUCAUGGAUGCCAACCAAACAUAUCUGAUGUCAGAGCGCCUUGAACGGGAGGAAAGGAACCAGACCCAAGUGCUGAGGCAGCAGCAGGACGAGGCCUAUCUGGCUUCCCUCCGUGCUGACCAGGAGAAGGACCGAAAGAAGAGGGAGGAACAGGAGCAGCGGAGGCAAGAGGAGGAGAAGGUCCGACAGAGCGCUCUUGCAGAGGAGAGGAGACGAAGGACACUUGAGGAGGAGAAGGAGAGAAAGUCAGAAUGUCUUCCUCCGGAGCCCCCUGCAGAUGAUCCAGAAAGUGUCAAAAUAGUGUUUAAGUUGCCCAAUGAUACACGAGUAGAGAGACGAUUCCUCUUCGGGCAGUCUCUGACGGUAAUAUAUGACUUCCUGUUCUCUUUGAAAGAAACCCCAGAGAAGUUUCAGAUAGUCACAAACUUCCCCCGCCGAGUCUUGCCCUGCCUUCCAACUGAGGAGCAGCCUAACCCACCAACACUGAAAGAGGCUGGACUGAGCCGCUCCGAGGUCCUUUUUGUUCAGGACCUUACGGACGAUUAACAGAUUGCAUACCUCAUCUACAUUGAAAAUGCGUUUUUCUCCAACCCUGCCCACCCGUUUUUUUCCCUUUUUUCUUUUUUUGUUAAAUGGCCAUUAUGCACAAGGGAUCAUUGAAAUAGUCCUAACCUGGAAAAAUUUAAACCGCCCUGCAUCAAGUCCUUAUUUGGUUGUGUUUACAGGGUUCCCAAUAGCCUGGAAAGUCUUGAAUUUUAUCAAAUAAAUAUUACUUCUUGAAGCCCUUCCUUGAGCUCAUCUUUGUAUUAGCAAGGGUGAAGGAGUUUGUUUUCCAUUUCUGUACCUAGCAACCUGUUUUAUUCUUCUCAGUCAGUUGUCCUUCCUACGCUGUAUUUGUCGCACCAAAGGAUUAAUUGUGCUGAAAUGUACUGAAAUAGUAGCUUAGCUUACAUGCAAACCCAGAAUCAGAUUCCAAAUUCAUUUGUUCGGGCAACUAAGAGAGGCUGGUUGUAUAGUACUCAAAACUGAUACAUUUAGGAUAAUGCAGCAUGGAUAUGUUUGGAAUCUAGCAAUAGUGUGAAUGCAUUUUUUUUUUAAUCAUUUAAGUCAGACAAACUUAAGACUUCAUGUUUGAUCCAGUUGUCCCAAUUCAACACCCUUUUUGCCUUAAGUUUGCACAUGUGCUUUCUCCACGGUAACGGACAACCACAGAAUUGGUGUGCGUUGGGUUUGGUACUGCCAUGAUUGUUAAUCCAUGUUGUUGUGGAGAGCAAAUGUAAUACUUCAGGGAGCAGGAUGGUGGAUUUGGACAUAAAGGGAAUGUGGGAACCCUGUUUCAAAUGAGCCAUGGCCUGUAUAUAAGUUAGAUAUUUAAGAACAAACCUGAAAUUCACAGUACUUAACAUUUGUUUUUGAUCUUUUUUUAUGCAACAAGUUGACUCUUCUGUGUCAUAAAAUGACCAAAUGCAGGUUGGUUGCUAUGUAUGAGGUUGACUGCCUCAAGCUCAUUACAAAGUUUAAAAUGAAAUAUUGAGAGGAAGCCACAGCUUUUCCAUGUGGCUGUAUCUAGUGUAGUACGAGUCUGCCCAUAGUGUGCCUGUGGUUAUUCAUAGAUGCCUAUUUUGCCUGUCUAACAUCUGAAUGGGCUCGUCAUGUAAAGAUGUAAUUUUCCAACUAUAAAUUAAACAUUUUAAAAAUGUGGA